AUGACGAAACCUGCGCGGAAUUCUGACGAUUUAUCCACGAAACCUGACUUCGACUGUCUCAUCGUAGGAGCAGGCUUCGGCGGCAUCUACCUGCUCUACCGCCUCCGAGAGCUCGGCUACAAGUGCAGAAUCUUUGAGUCGGGAUCCGAUCUAGGCGGAGCCUUUUUCGAGCAUCGCUGGAAGCAAGGUGGGUUUGGCUUUUGGAUCUCAAAUUACCGCGACAUCCUCUCCGACUUGAAGGCAAACCGUGAAGCGUAUAACUUCUGGGCUCGGAAGACUCGUGCCAGAAUCAGCGACCCAGCAAAGAGGGAUAUCAUCGCCCCUCUUGAACCUCCCCAUCCAUUCGGAACAAAGCGACCCUCGCUGGAGCAGGACUACUUUGAUGUUCUGGACAGAUCCAACGUGAUGGUGGUUAACAUCAAAGAGGACCAUAUUGUUGAAGUCGCUCCACGAGGCAUCCGAACUGCCAGCAGCGCUUUCUUUGCCCUCGAUGCCAUAGCUCUGGCUACGGGCUACGACGCCGUAACAGGUAGCUUGAUCAACAUGGGUCUCCGCAACGUCGACGGCGUGCCACUAUCUGAGGAAUGGAAGAAAGGAGCAAGCACAUACCUCGGGCUAUCGCGGAAGGGAUACCCAAACAUGUUUUUCACCUACUCUGUGCACGCCCCCACUGCCUUUUCAAACGGGCCCUCAUGCAUCGAAGCACAGGGAAACUGGAUUGUCGAUGUGAUUCUCAAGAUGGAUGCGACUGGACUCCGGAAAAUUGAGCCGACGGAUGAAGCUGAGAAGAAAUGGAAGGACAGGGUAAAUACUCUGUCGGACCACACUCUCUUCCCGCUUGCGAAUUCUUGGUAUAUGGGUGCGAAUAUCCCUGGAAAGCCUCGGGAGCAGCUGAACUACCUUGGAGGUCUCCAUGUUUACGAGCAAGAGUGCAGAGAGACACUGAGGAAUUGGGAUGGCUUCAUGACAGCCUAG